GCUAGUAAUAAUAAUUUAAUUUAUAACAAUUAAUAUUCAAAUUAAUUUUAAUGCCUGUGAUAUCGACAAUUCAAUAAAAUGACCUAACAAAAUGAACACUAUACUAGUAUUAAUAAACGGGAAAUGGGAAGUAUAGGUAAUUAUUUAAAUAAUUGAGCAAUAUUUAAUUGAUAUCAUUGUUAAUUUUGAAUAAUGGUGGAGAUACACUGAUUUCCAUCGUCUAAUAUCUAUAGCUGGCGUAAAAUAAUUGGUAUCAAGUGUUUGUAAAUAGGUACAAAAUGUAUCGGUAUACCAGUUUGUACCAACGAAUUACUAGAAUUUCUAGAUUCUAGUCAGUGAUUCCAACGACCAUAUGUUAAUAACCACAGAUAAAAAAAAUGUUUAUUAUGUAUGCUGCCAAGAGCUAGACUUCAACUGUAAUUUUUUUUCCCUAUUAUAAUAUACGUAAAACUUAAUACGUUAACUAUACAAAUGAUAUAAUCAAUGUUGUUAUAAUAAUUAUUUUGACCACAUUAAUACAUAGAUAGGUGCAUUAAUAUAAUACGGUGUGUAUCCAUGUCUGUCACUAUCACUGCAAAACUUCCAUCCUACCGACCCAUAUUUUAUUGUAGGAUAAGUAUUGAUAUUUCACUGUUAUGUAUGUCAUCACUGAGCUGUCUCGCGCAGACGCGCACUCGUUGCAGUUGCUAUAGAGUUGCCAUGGUAGUACAUCCCUUAACGGUGGGUAGUGGGUCAAAUAACAACGAAUAUUGAUAGAUUCGCAGUUACGGCUGGUAGAUAGUGUGAGGAGUAUCUACUGUAAAUGUUCACACUCCACCACGUCUGACAUCAAUACAAUUUGUUUUCCGAAUAAUUCCUGAUGGAUUUUUAGUAAUUACGGGUAAACCGCAUCCUUGCCGGUGUCCAAGCUUUUAUACUUUACUGUCUUUGUCUGCAACGUUUGCUGUAUUCGUGCUGUAUAACAUGGAAGCCACUUCGUAUAUUCCAAAAUCACAAGUAAUACCAUAGAUUAUAUAUUAUAUUAUUAUUUAUUUGCAACUCUAUUACGCAUUAAAUAUAUAAUACCUACUUAUAUAUUUUAUGUAGUACCUACCUUAUAAAAGUUAUACUUAUACAAAAGCGUUUUUAAUUUAUACAGAAAUAACUUUGAGGAGAAUAUUUAUUGCAAUACAAUAAUUUAGGUACCUACAUGGCCACACAUAAUAUUUUGUCAUGGGUUACAUAUCCAUAAAUUGAAAUGCAAAUUAAUCGAAUACAUUAUAGAAUUUAGAGGUUGAAGUCUGGCUCUUAGGGUAAAAUAAAAUUUCAAAGUAUUGAAAAACGCCAAAUACAUAUAUUUUCCGUGGGGCUCUUUCUGACUAAUGACCCGUAGUUGAAUUUUUGAUUUUCUCAUAUACCCCCGAGGUAUGAGGAGUUUAGACAUAGGUUUAGUGGUGUGCGUUCGAGGAUUUAGGAAAAUUGUAUUACUUAUUCACAGACAUUGUUUGGCUCACAGGGUCAAAACUAAACCUAUAAUUAUCAGAAAAUGCUAUAGUAGUUUUCUAUUAGUAGUGCCCUAAUAAAACGCUAAACAUUCAGAAUUUCAAUAUUUCAAUUUUUUUAACUCUUUUUAACAACACAACUUUUGGGUUAGUAACGAAUAAGUUUUUACUCCAAGAAGCAGAUUUCAGAUAAUAAUUUUUCUAAGACCACAAACUCGCAUUUUCAAACUUGUUAUUCUCUGAAGUAAAUGGGAAAAUAGAAAAUUCAGUCAUGGAACAUUGGCAAGAUGAUGGGAGGCAUGAAAAAUAUUUGUAUUUGUCGUUUUUCGAUAUUUUGACUUUUUCCUAAAUUUCAACCAGAUUCAAAUACCUGACUUACUUGAAUAUAAUAUAUUAGACAAUAAUUUUGUUUUAACUAUUUGCUUUUAACAUUGAUUGUAAUAUAAUCAAUGCUUUGGUGAAUUUAUUUCAACACUUUACGUGUUAAAUUAAAUUUUUAUUUAUUAUUUAAUUUAAUUUAUUUAAUUAAUUUAAAACCUUUUUUUUUUCUGAAAUCAUAUUUUUUGAUGCCGAUUCUAAAAAUUGUUGAAUUUGUUUUCAGAAACCAUUAUUAAAUAAUUUGUGGCAUAAGAUUUGAAAACCGAUAUUAUUUUUUUUGAAAAAGGGAUUUAGUGCUGAAAAGGAUGGUGCAGUUGAAUUUUUCAGGAAAUAUUAUUUUAGAAGAUAUAGCGAUUUGAAGAUUGUAGGUACCUAUGUGACUAAACAUAAUACACGGAACAAAAAAUAUUGUUCCAUUGUAGUAAGUGUGGGAUACUUGAGUACUACUGUUUGGGGAGGUUUUGUUCUCCAGUUCGCUACACUUAAAAUUAUGAAAAUGGUGAACUUCAAAUAGCUAUAACUUCUUUAAUAAUGGUUUCUAUAAAAAAUAAUAUUUGAAAAUUAGCAUAAAAAAAAAUUAGAAAUAGAAAUAGAAAAAAGAUGACUCAGUAAAAUAGACCUUUACCAAGAAUUUUUAAAAAAAUAAUGUUUACUUACUUUUAUAUACCUAUUUAUUUUGUUGUUUGUUACAGAAACAAAAUCGAAAUCCAAAUAUUCUGUUGGAUUUGCAUUUUAAACGAAGUAUUGGAAACAUAUCUUCUGUUGAAUAUAAACGGCGUAUAAUACUUAAUGAAUUAUACCAUUUGGGUUUUGUAUCUGAUAGAACAUCAUUACCUGCAAUUUAUUUUAAUCCAAUUGAUGCCCUUGAUGGUUAUGUACGAGAUGACAUUCUUGGUAUGGAAAUUGAUCCAAAAGAAAGCAAAUGGUAUGUAUGUUGUUCAUUUUCAAAAUCUAUACUUAUUAUUAAAAUUGAUCUGCUCUAAAACAGCCUUUUAAUUUGUGGUACUUAGUGGAAUCUUAUCCCCAGCAUUUAUAUAGGUCAAUAAUUUUAUCAUAGGUAAUCCACUGUUAUAGGUUGGAAUUUGGGAAUGUAAUUAAAUUUAUUUCUGUAUGCAAACAAAUAAUUAUUCCUAUUGAAAAAAGAUUCUGAACCUAGUUCAGAGUCAUGUUCUAAUAAUUUUCAAUUGCAAAUUUCAUUAUUGUGUAGUUAGAAAUUAAAUAACAACUGUUCUUCCUAUUUUUUCAAAACAAAUUUUCAAACAUUUUUAUGGUACCUAAAAAGUUUUAUCCAUAUAAAUUUGAAAAUAUUACAAAUGGAAUUACUGUGAUUUUUAUAGUUUUCAUCAAAGUUUAAACUUUAAACCUUUAUAUAAAUUACUACCAAUUUACUAAAAAAAGUAUUACUCAAAUUAUUUUUUAUCACUAAGUUAAAUUUUUGAUAGGCCAUGUAUCUAAUUUUUGAGUUGUAAAACCUAAAGGUUCUAGGGCAAUAGUUUUCAAUAUUUUUUAAACAUGCCAUACUGUACUCUUCAUCAAAUUUCCAUGACAUAUGUCUCAGUCAUCAAUCAAUAUAUCAAUAUUAUACAUUCAAUAAUACUAAUUCUAAUUCAGUAUUGCACCAUCAAAAAGAAAAAAAAAAUAUACCAAACUUAUUUAGACAUGAAUAAUAGUUGAAUAGCAUGAAUAUCCUGAUUUUUCCAAACAUAAUAAUUACCUAUACAUCUAAUUAAUAAUAUUAGUAAUAAUAAUCUAUAUAUUUUUUUUUUCAAACUUUAUAAUAAUUCAUCUAAAUAAUUAGAACAAGCAAUAUGAAACUAAUUAUAUUUAAUCAUUUCUUUUAUAUAUAUUUUUAGAUUCCAAGCGUAGGGAGGGAGCAAUUGGUUUUAUUAAGAUGUUUAUUUUUCUUUCUUUCUUUCUUCUAGUCUAUGGACACGUUUUUUCUAGUAAACUUGCUACAAAUUUUACGUGUAGCAACUUUUCUGAAAGCUCAAGUUGUCUAGAUGAUACUUUAAGAUGGUCAUUUUUUGAUUUCGACUAUAUUUAUUUUAAAUAAAAACACUUAGGUGGGAAAAAAUAUAGAAAAACAUUAAAUUUCAUUAUCUCAUUAUUUUAUAAAAACACGGAAAACGUUUUCUACCAAAAAAAUUAAUUUAAUUAAAAAAUUACAAGAUACCUUUUUAUUGCUUUUUUGAUGUACUUUCUAAUGGUAUCAUUGUCAAAACUUUUGACCCUUUUUUAGCUUUUAAGGGAUUUUAAUCUUUAGGAUUUUUUUUGCUACAAUUCGGUUAUAAAUACACGUUAAGACUUAAAACUUAGUAAUAAUAAUUAUAUCAGACUCACCUAGACGUGGUAAAAUUUCCAAAAUCAUCGGAUGAAUUUUUUUUUUAAUAAGUGUUUUGAAAUUAAAUUUAAACGAUAAUCGCAAAAAAAAUUAAGGCACUUCAAAUUAUGUAUUACCGAACUGUGCUCAGAAUCGUUUUUCGUCAAGUAAUGGUUUAUCGUUGCUUACAGGUAUAAAUCAAACAAUCUUAUGUAUCCGACAUCCCCAACUUGCUCCCAUUGUUAUCAUUGUAAAUCGGAGCAAAUUUGCAGGUAGAAAAGUUGUCCACAAUAGAAAUAUUAAUUUUUUCUAAAAUAUAUUCCUGUUUUUUCUCACCUUUUCCCUUUCAAAAAAUGGCUCUCCUAAAAUACCACCUCAAGAAAAUUUUCCUUCAGAAAAGGGUCUACAUCGUAUACAAUGGUGUAAGCUUCCUAGUAGAAAAAGUGUUCACAUAAAAAAAAAAACAACAAUACAUUCAGAAUCUAAAAUACUAACUGUAAAACUAAUAACUUACUGCCUACUUGCUCAUCAAAUACAAAUUUAAUUUGAAACAUUUUAUUUUUCAGCUUGUUAGUCAUAUCCAGAUACAACAGUGUAUCCAUUUUUAAUGUGUCUAAAAAUAACAAAAUCUUUGAUCAAAUGGUAAGAAUGACAAUUCCUCAUGACCCGAUAGAUAACAAUGGAACACCAAAUUCAACACAUUGGCUUUUUGAUGGUACAGUGUUUACUGUCUGCACUAUGGAUUCUAUACAUUUUUGGGAUUUGUGUAAUGGACAAAUUAUAGAAACUAUAAAAUUGCGUACAAAAGUACUCAACCAUGUAAUGGCUGCAAACAAAUUUAGUGUAAAUAAGUAUGUUGCAGGUAAUUAACAAUUGUGUUUUAAUAUUUUAGAUAAAUAUGAAUGUGCAUUUUAGUAUUAGUACCUAGGAUGAAGUACUUAGCAGUGAAAAAAUAAAAAAAGAGGAAUUGUGUGCCUAAAAAAAUUAUCGUCCUUUCCAAUUAUUGAACUCAACCUAACACGAAACCCCAAUAUUUCUCAUUACAGCAUUUUUCAUAUAUAAUUCAAUAAUAAGUAAUUAAGAAAAAAACAUAAUAAUGUUCCUGUAGGCCAUGUUUUUAAUUUCAUAUUUAUUUAAUCUAUAUUACCAUUAAUAAUAUUAUUAUUAAAUUUAUUUUAUUUUAUAAUCAAAUUCUAAAAUAAAAUUUUAGAGGUAGCAGAGUGGAUUGAUGGUUAAAAAUAACACCUGCGCUUUUUGAAGUGUCCAGUUUUGCACCAUUUGGAUAUUAGAUUAAGAUGAUUUUGAAGGUUGUAAGUAAUCCUUUCAAUAUUACGAGAUUCAAAAUAAAUUGUUGUAUCAUCUGUGUAAAGGGCAAUGCUAGUAUGUGGUGACUGCGGUAUAUCAGAUGUAUAAAUAUUGAAUAAGAUAGGUCCCAGUUUAGAGCCUUGGGGUACACCAGCAGAGAUAGAUUGGAGUUCAGAAGUAUUGUCAUUUAUUUUAACCUGGAAUUGUCUAUUAGAUAGAAAGGAGUUGAUGAUAUUAAAUAAGUAUUUUGGAAUAUUGAUGGUUAUUAGUAAGCUUAUAAAGACAGUCCUACUCUAUGGUAGUGUUUUUCAAAUGAAAACUAUUGUUGGAUGGGUGAAUGAUUUGUUAUAAUCCCAAACUGGAAUUUUGGAAUAACAUCUGCAUUAUUUAAGUAAUUUUAUAGUCUCCUGUGAAUAACUUUCUCAUGUUUUUUUUUGAUAAGAAGGUUUAUAAGAAUAAGAAUAUAGUUCAUAAGAAUGUAUCUAAUUUUAUUUUUCAUCUAUUCAUUUUGACACACAACAUACAGAUAAUAUUUUUAUUUCUUAAUAUAUUUUAGAAGAAUUGUAUUUUAUUAUAGUUACAGGAGUAGAAGGACAUGUAUAUAUAAUUGAUAUGCGCCAUGGUAUUGUUGUAAUGACUAUAAACAAUAUUGAAAAAACACCAACAAGGGCCAUCUGUUGGCAUCCAACAAAUGAAUUACAAUAUAUUACUGGCAAUGAUAAAGGAAAUGUUUACCUUUGGGAUACACGUAUUCAAAAAAAAUGGAUUUCAAAAUUUCAUAGUCAGGGAUCAUAUUCAUCGGCCCCAAGCCAUUCUUUUCCAGUUGUUGGAAUACGGUUUUUUAACAAUGGAAACAGUAUUAUGACUAUUGAUAAAGAAGGGGGCAUUAAAACUUGGUAAUAAUUUUUUGAAUGCAAUUAAAGUUGUUAUUUGUUACAUACUAAUAUUUAUUCCAUUUAGAGAAGAAAACUUAUUAGAAAUAAAUACUUAAAAAUACAAUAUAUUAUAUACUAAAUUUGUAUGUAUUAUAUAGACUAUAGAGUGAUAAAUUCUCCAUAAGAAAUGUAUUAUUGCGAAACAUUUUAAUAUUUGUUUUUUGGUCAAUUUAUGAGACAAGGAAUUUUAUAAUUUUAUAUGUAUUCAUGUCACUCAUAUACAUAGAGUUAAAACUACUACCAACUUUUUUUGCUUGAGGGGUGUGUAUUAAAAAUAUCAUAGAUAGAUAAGUUUAAAUUAAAAUACUUUUUGAUGUUAGAAUUUUUAUUUCUGUUAACUCAUUGAGGAGAUAUUCUAUACAGCUUAACCUUAUAGGUUAACUUUAUAUACUCACUGUAUUAUUAAUACUUCCCAGAGACAACAUUCAAUUAACUACAUCCAGUGUGCACAAAGUGGUGUGUAUCCAAAAAAAUUGUGUGUUACUCAAAUAAUUUUGGGUAACUUAUCCUUAAUAGUAUUGUUAUACCUACUGAUAAAAUGUCCCUAAAAUCUAUUAUUAUUAUUUAUUGUAUGCUAAAAGGGUAUGACUUCGAACAAAUUUUGAUGUUUGUCCUUCUAGCAUACCCUCUCACCUAUAUUUAAGGUGUUGCUUGAGGAACAAUUGGACCCUAGGUUACACGCCACUGGUGCACAAUGUAUUUUAUUUUUGCAAUUAUUUUACUCUGUCAUAAUAUGUAGGUUUUUGAUGAAUUGCUUUUAUUUAUAAUUAAUGUAUACUUAAAUAUUUAAAUAUUGUACUUAUUUAUUAUUUAAUAUCAAAUAAUAAUUAAUUUAAUAAGAUACUUGUGUAAGUAAAGUUUGUUUGUCUAUUUCAGGGAUGUUGGAACUGGUUUUUUGCGUCCCAACUAUUACAUGCCUAUACCAUUUUGUGACUUGAAUAGGAAUCAUAUUUUUAAAGAAUAUCAAUUUGCUGUUACUGAAACUUUAAAAGAUGAUAUGGCUUUUUUGCCUUCUAAGAAUGGAAUGCGAAUAAUGGAUAUAGAAACUGGUGUAAAUUUACCAAAGUCCAAUGAUGUAUCUAUUCCUAUUAAUUGUGCUACUUAUGAUUCAAAAAAUCAUUGUGUUUAUGGAGGUUCUGAAGAUUUGGUGAAAUUAUGGGCUCCUGCUAUAAAAUAAUUUGUAUUUAAUGAGCAACAUCAAAGUACCUAUUCAAAUUUAUGUUUUUGUCAAUUUUUUGAAUAUCAAAUAAUAAUUAUUAUAAUAUAGUUGUUUAGAAUUUAUAUUUUUAAUUUGAGCUGGCAUUACUACACCACUGUUGCCAUAAUUUAAAGAAUGAUAAAAUACUAGAGCAGGAAGAAUUUUAUGUGUCCAAGUCACAAUGCUGUUGUUGCUAAAGCAUCAUCCAAAUCCAAGAUGUAAAGAUGUUUCUUUCCAAGACAAGAUUACCCAAUGUGAUCUAGAACAAGUCACUAUUGCCAUUUUGCUAUGGAAAUAUAGCAUUAUAUAUUGCUAAUAUCUAAUUUUUAGAUAUUAAAAAUAUUUAGUUAUAAUAACUUAAGAUCAUUUCCCCAUAAAAAAAAUAAAUAUUGCCAUUUAACAUUGUAGUAAUUUAUUUCAACCCUUAAAAAAUACAAUCUGGGUUUCGCACAUACUAUGCUCAAUUAUUGGAAAUUGAGAUAAGUCCACUGAAAAAAUGAAAAAAAUUACAUGAUGUAGAUAGUGAUGUUUAUUGAUAAAAUAUUGUGAUCAAUUAUUAAUAUUUGUUUUCAUUUUUGUGUAAAAUGUCACAAAAUAUUCUGUUGCAUUAGUUUGUGUUAUUAUUUUUGUAUUCGGAAUUGAUAUUCACUAUUUUUUUUUUUUCAUGCACAUUUUUAUGGUUUAUUAAAUUAAAUAAUAUAAUUAUAGUUAUAACUAGUUAUAAUAUAAUUAAUUAUUUUUUUUUUUUGGUGAAGUGGCCUAAUGUCAAAAUGAUGGCAAAAUAUGUUCUAUGGCAACUUAAUUUUAUUUACUAUUUCCAAUUAUCUAUAUAAUAUUAUGUUGUUACCUAACUUUAUACUUAUUAAGCUAAUUAUUAUUUGUUAAUUAAACAAUAUUAUACUAUUUAUUAUCCUAAAUGAAUUAUUUAUAUCUUAAAUAUUAUAUAUAACAUUCCUUUAAUUUAUUAUUUUUAUUAUUAGAGUAGGUUUUACACAAUAACU